AUGGCCGACGGCGACGGCGCGUACAGGGAGUUCAAGGCGCUGGUGGAGGCGGCGGACCGCAAGUUCGCGCGCGCGCGGGACCUGCCGCUCUACGGCGGCGGCGGCGGGGACCACCACAGCCGCAAGGCCUUCAAGGCCUACACGCGCCUGUGGCGCCUGCAGCAGGAGCGCCGCCGGGACCUCGUCGCCGCCGGCCUGCGCCGCUGGGAGAUCGGCGAGGUCGCCUCGCGGAUCGGCCAGCUCUACUACGCGCGCUACCUCCGCACCGCCGAGCCGCGCUCGCUCGUCGGCGCAUACGUCUUCUACGAGGCCAUCUACAGCCGAGGCUACUUCGCCGCGCCCGCCCCAGGCCUUGGCCCCGCCUCCGGCUCCGCGGCGGGAGGAGGGAAGCACCAGGGCCUCCUGAUCCGCUACAAGGAGCUGCGCUUCAUCGCGCGGUUCCUCGUCGUCGCCAUGCUCAUGCGCCGGGCCGAGGCGGUGGACCACCUCGCCGGACGCCUACGCUCGCUCGUCCACGAAUCCAAGUCGGCCUAUCCCAAAACCAAUUUCAAGGAAUGGAAACAAGUGCUUCAAGAGCUCGAGAGAUUCUUGAAAGCUGAUGGAGCAUACAAGGGAUCUAGAUCACUCCGUUAUGACAAUUUGUUUGAUUCCUACGCAUCGAACCUUGCAUCUAUUGCAAGAUUCCAUUCGAAACGGGUACUGAAACUGAAGGAAGCUGUAUUAACAAGUUACCGCCGAAAUGAGGUUAAGUUCACGGAGCUGACUUUGGACACUUUCAGAAUGCUACAGUGUUUAGAAUGGGAGCCCACAGGGUCUUACCAAAUAGCUGUUAAAGAACUUACAGAAAAUGGCACUAUGAGUGAUCAGAGUGGACCCUCUGGUCUGAUUGAUAUUCACCUUUCCACAGAAAUCUCUGAUGGAAAUCUUCCUUCAAAUCCUCAAAAAGCAAUUAUAUAUCACCCUACAGUCUCUCAUCUUAUAGCGGUUCUUGCCACAAUCUGCGAGGAGCUGUCUCAAGAUAGCAUUUUACUCAUUUAUAUAUCAGCAUCAGGCUUUCCUGACCAGAAUGCAUUUCAAAAGUAUGCGUCUAGCUCCUCAUCAAGUGCAAGGUCUGCUUCUGCUUUCUCCACCGAUAAGCCAAAUUCACAUACUGAUUCAAAUAGUCAUCUAUGGCUUGGUCCUCGUGGAAAUGGUGGUCCAAACAAUCUUUAUCCAGAAGACCUGAUACCGUUUACAAGAUAUCCACUCUUCCUUGUAAUUGACAGUGAAAAUAGCCAUGCAUUCAAGGCCAUACAUAAUGCAGAGAAGGGAGAGCCAGCUGCCUUACUUCUUUCUCCUAGGAUAGCAUCGGCAAUGCCUGGUGCAGAAUCUGUGUGUAAUGGAGGCCAAUUUACGUAUUUCCUGACUGCACCGAUGCAAGCCUUCUGCCAAUUAGCUGGAAUAACUUCUGACAUUGACGUUGAUACAUAUGCCAAUGCUGAAAACAUACUUUUAUCUGCUUUGGAGCAAUAUGAAGAAACCCUCUGUACGUCUGUUGGGCUGAACAUCGUUUGGGGACAAAUUUUACCUGAUCCAUUUCUAAGGCGACUGAUUCUCAGAUUUAUUUUCUGUCGAGCAGUCCUCUUCUAUUUUCAUCCUGAGGAACAUGGUGAACAUCUACCAACCUGCUUACCCAGUCUUCCGGAAUCUGUCUCUCCAAACGCUAAGGCCAUCAGGACUCCCAUCCUUCUACUUGCAGAAAACCUUGUUGUGAGCAAUCGGUUUCAUUUCGGCAACAGGACAAUGUGAUCAAGAGCAGUAACACAGGCUUUCUGUAGAUACCUCCUUGGUAAAUAUGGUCCAGCUAUUUGUUGAUUGUUUAGCAUUUAUACAGCCAACUGGGGAUGAUUCAGUGUCUGCGAGCUAGCUGUCCAAAUGAUGAUAAUAGAUGAUUUUGUGUGCUGCUCAUCUCCGUUGAGCAUCUGUAAAAGUUGUUUAGGUGUUCACUUUGCUCUAGGUAGUGUAGGGUUUUAUCUUUCCUUCUCUUUCGACCUUGUGUCAGGAGAGGACAGUUUGUAAGCUGGAAGAGGCAUUUUUUAGUACUCUAGAAGGCAUAUUCUUUUUUUUUUAGGUUUAGCUUAGUAUUUUAGUUCCAUCUUUUGUGUUAUUUUCUGUUUGUCUAACGUUUGCAUUGCAGUUGUUGUUUGGCUUCCUUGAAGGGUUCUGCAUAGCUGUCAAGUUUGUCUGUUAUGUCUUUGCAUUGGGUAUUGGCCUAGGAGGCUAGGACUACUUUGGAACUUGGGAAUCUUGAAAAACUCGUUUGGUUUAUACUAAACAAAUGCUCUAAUUUGUUGUGAAA